UUUAGGACUAAAUAUUCACAGCAACUCUGCAGUACACCUACAACCAAAUGGAUGACGGAAGUUAUGACCCUUGCGAGUGCGUAUGUGCUCAUGAGGCAGCCAUGCGUCGACUACUAUCGCUGCUUCGCCAAGCUCAAUCUACUUGUACGGACAAUCAGUGCUUUGGAACAGAUUCAAUUCCUGGUCUUCAGUCGGAGACUGGAGAUGGAGGAUGGGGGUUGUGGAUGUUCAUUCUCUUGUGGCUAGUGAUAGCCUUGCUUCUUUUCCUAUUCAGACCAACGAGCAUGAGGCGUACUGGGAAACCAAUUGGUGAUCAUGACGGAGGACCUGGAACGGCGCCUCCGUCACCUCCUAUUCAAUGAACUCUAUUGAACUUGUGUAUCAAGUUGUAGAUAAUCUUGGAACAGUUGAUAUUAUUUGUAGACUAACACUGUUCAUGGCAAUGAUCUGCUGAUCCACUUAGAAACAAUACUGUAGUUGAACAAGAAAUUUGAUUAAGGACAA